UCGUGUUCCCAGGUUUCUGCUGCCCUUGCCCAGUUGGACACAAUUUCAUGAAAAGUUGUUGCUAAAGGCAUGAAGAUCCUCUGAGUGAGAACAUGGAGCUAGACAACAUUUACACCAACAUGAAUUAUGAUCAUCUGAAACAAGACAGGAAACAGCAAAACCUAAAAUCAGAUCGUGGAGGUGUUCAAUCAACAGAGUCUGUCCGAGGAAAAUGGUCAUCUCUCGUUAUCUACAUUCUCCUGGGUGUCUCCAUCCUGCUAUCCGUGGUGAUGCUUAUCACUGCAGUGAUACUCUUUACACAGCUGUUCACCAUCAUGAAAAUGUUAGAAACUGACUUCAAGAUGGGUCUAGCCCAAUUGCAACACAACGUUACAGUGCUGUCCAGUGACAUGAAAACAUUAGAAACUGACUUCAAGAUGGAUCUAGCCCAAGUGCAAAAUAACGUUACACAGCUGUUCACCAUCAUGAAAAUGUUAGAAACUGACUUCAAGAUGGGUCUAGCCCAAUUGCAACACAACGUUACAGUGCUGUCCAGUGACAUGAAAACAUUAGAAACUGACUUCAAGAUGGAUCUAGCCCAAGUGCAAAAUAACGUUACACAGCUGUUCACCAUCAUGAAAAUGUUAGAAACUGACUUCAAGAUGGGUCUAGCCCAAUUGCAACACAACGAACUAUCUGGGGGGUGUCCUGAAGACUGGAGGCGAUUUCAACAAAACUGUUAUUACUUCUCAUCAGAAAGCAAGACUUGGAAAGAGGCCCAGAGAGCCUGUAGAUCACUGGAUGCCAAUCUUGUUGUCAUUAACAAGCCGGAGGAACAGGCGUUUAUAAAAACGUGGUUUCAAAGGAAAAAUCGCUGGAUUGGACUCACUGAUUCUAUCUCUGAAGAUUUUGGGCAACAGGUGAACCAAAUAAUAAGUCUAAUGAAGACUGUGCAGAAAUACACAGAGAUGGAGAAUGGAAUGAUCUACCAUGUGAUUCCUCUCAACCUUGGAUCUGUGAAAAGCCAGCACAGUUUAAUUGUCCUUAAUGUUCCACCAGUGCACAGGGAGGGAAGCAAAUCACUUUUGAAAUGUUCAGUCUGUACAUUAAACAAGCAAUUCUAAGCUGGGAUUGACAGAAGGGAGUAGCAAGGGGUCUCCCUCACUCUUCUGACCAUAAUGUUCCAAAGUCCCACUGAAAGCCAUCAGGCUAUUCCCGUUUAUCUCAAUAAGUAAUGUAAAAAUUCACAUAGUAUAGGAAUAUAUAUCAUGUUGAAUCAGAUCAAUAAUUACGGUGUACUGUGGAUGCCGGAGAUGUGAAAUAAGAACAGAGAAAAUCAGAUGGACUGGCAGCAUCAGUGAAGAGUCAAAGAAUUAAUAUUUCAGUUCUGAAGUAGUCAUUCUGGACUCAAAACAUUAAAUCUGUGUGGCUCUCCAUAAAUGCUGCUGAGUUUAUCCAGCACUUUCUAUUUUUAUUCCAGUUUUCUGGAAUGUUAAGAGAAUGUUUGUGCAUUGAAAUGUCCUGUUCCUUUCACUCACCAUCCCAAUCCCAUUGCAGCAAAAGAACUAAAGGGAUCUUAAACAUGUUGUGCUGUUUAAAAUUCAGGUUUGUUCAAUAUAUUGUAUCAAUUUCAUGACACUGAUCUUUUGCUAUAAAUUCUGUGUCUUACGAUCCUGCUCCACAGCUACCUGAUGAAGGAGCAGCGCUCUGAAAGCUCGCGCUUCCAAAUAAACCUGCUGAACUAUAA